AUGGUUAGAGCUAGAGGUGGUGGCUUUGCGGGUCGUUCUUCUCCACGCAUUCCACCUUCUGCAUCCGCUUGUAGAGCACGUGUAGCUGCUCAUGUUAAGCACUCACCACAACACACUUAUUCAAGACUCGUGAAGAAGGCAAGGAGCAAGAGACGUCGCACUUGUUAUAAAGGUCUCUACUCCAUUGCUCCCAUAACAACGCUUUCAAGAGAUCUGUUAAUAGAGGUGGUUGCAACCGUGGCAUCACACUCCUUUGUCGACCUUCACACCAUCAAAAUGUGUUGUAAAGAUUUUCUUGACGCUACUGAAGAUAGCUACGUUUGGCGUAGAGUUUCUUUGGACACAUUCCCGUUAAUCCAGUGGCUUCCCAAUGACAAAGUAUCGUCGUUCCUGAACCGCUACAAGGAAUAUGGAAACAUAGAGAGCUUGUUUAGAGAAGGGUUGCUGAAAUAUUUUGGUUAUCCAAAUAGAAAUAUUGACGGUCUUGAGAUCUUGAAGAUAGCUUCUCAAAAGGGUCACAAGGAAGCAAAAUAUGUGUUUGGUAUGAUUUCAUUAUGCUCUGAAGAUGAUGAUUUGAGAAAACAAGGACUUGAGCAUAUACGCUUCCUGAGGAAGUCCAAGUAUGUCGUAGGAUCGAGAAACAAAGUGAAAAAGUUAUUGGACUCUAUGUGGAAAAAUAAUGGAAUGCUUAGGGGUAAUCAGAGUCCUCUCUGUAACUCUAAGAGCACGUGUAAAGGGUGGAGACUGAAGACGGGUAGAUGGGCAUUAAUAGAUGAUGAUGACGAUGAUGUUGAUGAUAUUGGCUUAUGUGAGUAUUGUAGAUGGGAUCAUGAGUUAGAAGUUUUUUACCGAUUGUUCAAUAUUCACUAA